UAGGUCCAGACGACAAUGCAAUAACACAAGGGAUGACGAACAUCGUGGCCUUAUGUCUGAUACUGACCACUUUUUUAGCGGCGGAGGUUUGGACGCCGUCUCCGGCGAUGACCCACAGUAAUGAGCCGGAGGCUGACAUCAUCGUGAAAGACGGCCACCGCCUGGUGGUCGUCGAGUACGAAAAAGAAGGCAAAACCAACACCAAGAUCGUGAUCUCGCCGCCGGAGACGAAACCCGGAGAAGCAGAAGAGGGAGAUAACAGAGGAGUGUUACGUAAUGUCAAAGACAGAGUGAAAGAAACGACGACGUAUCUUCCGAACGUCGGCCAAGGCAUCUCGCGCCCUGAGACGAACGGCGAAGACGGAGAGGCGCGUGGACGUCACGCGACGCCGGGCGAGCUUAUAUGCGACGCGUUUGGAAAGUGCAGGCACAAGAUCGCGAGCACGUUGGGUAAAGCCAAAGAUCGGAUCUCAAGGGUCCAGGAGGAGCCCAGUGAGCUCGGAGAAACGGCGAGAGAGACGGUGGACGAAUCCGGAGAGUCUACGGCGGCGAAGGCCGACGAAGCCAAGGAGACGGUGGCUCGGAUGACUCGCGGCGUUAAAGAAUCGAUGGGUCAUAAGGCCCAAGAUACGAUGGACAAGAUAUCAGAGACGGCCCAUGACUCGGCCCAUAAGUUGAAAGAGACAAUGGCUCAUAUUGCCCAAGAAGCGAAGGACAAAGCAGCCCAUAUUGCCCAAGAAGCGAAGGACAAAGCUGCCGAUACGGCCCAAGAAGUGAAGGACAAAGCGGCUCAAAAGGCCCAAGAAUCGAAGGACAAAGCGGCCCAUAAAGCCCAGGAAAUGAAGGACAAGGCUAAAAUGAAGCUGUCGGAAAAGGCCGAAGACGCGAAGAAUGUGGCGGGCGGAAUGGCAGAAGAGGCGAAGAAGUCGGCGGUUCCAAAGGCCCAAACGGCGUGGGGGAAGGUGAAGACGGCGGCGAAGGAGGUGAUGAGUCCGGCGAAGGUGGGGGGCGUGGUGGGUCUGACGGCGUUAGCCAUGGCUUACGGAACAUGCAUCUGGGUAACCUUCGUGUCAAGCUACGUCCUGGCCGGAGUUCUGGGGAGGAACCAGUUCGGUCUGGUCCAGAGCAAAGUGUACCCGGUCUACUUCAAGACCGUCUCGUUGGGCAUCCUCGUCGGUCUGGUAGGCCACGUCAUCGGCCGGAGCCGGAAAUUGCUGACGGACUCGGCCGACAUGUGGCAAGCCAUGAAUCUGCUGACGUCGUUCUUGAUGGUGGAGGGGAAUGGGUCGAUUCUCGAUCCACGGGCGACGAGAGCCAUGUUCGAGAGGAUGAAGGUGGAGAAAGAAGAAGGAAGAGGGGCAGAUGAGGAGGAAACGAGGCAGAAGCUGAGGAAACUUAGCGAGAGGCUUCAGAAGCUGAACACAUAUUCCUCAUGGAUCAAUAUAUUGACUCUAAUGUCUCUGACUUGGCACCUUGUGUAUAUUGGUCAACGUCUUACUGCUGCUUCUUCUUAAGUUUGACUUUUGGCUGUGUGUUCUUUUGUUACAUAAUGGUGUUACUGUUUUUUGUUUGUUCGGUUACGUUUUAUGAUAUGCUGUGGAUUCAUAAAAGAUCCUUCUAAUC